AACAAGAAGAACCGAACAACGCAAUGGCAAUUCCUCCAAUUCCUCUUUCUCCGGUCGUUCGUGGGCAUUUUGCGAGAAAACUUUUCGCCGCAUUUAAAAACGGGCGCAUCGAAAUAUGCAAUCAGCGUAAAGUUUGGAUUUAAGGGCCAGUAAGUGAUGAACAACCAGGACUAUGGCGGCAUCCAGUGGAUACAGCACCAUCCCGCUGCAGGCGACUCCUCCGAGACGGACAUUAUGGAGCACGAAGACGCCGACGGUGAUGAUAUGGUGAGCGGAGCGGACGGCGACCCGGAUGGGGACGGAGAUGCCGACGUUGAUCUGGACCAUAUGGCUGCCGAGAACCUGAUCUUUAUGGCGCGUGACGGCCAGCUGGGCGAGAUUAUCGCCGCCAACGAGGGAACCGUCCUGGUCACCGCCGAUGGCACUACGGUAGCUUAUGCGGAAUCAUUCGACGACGACGCCCAGGUGGUCACCGAGGAGGUCAUCACGGAUGACUGGGUGCAGCACCAGGGAGCCGAGCGCGUGGAAAUCGCCGCCGAGCAGAUAGCUGGCAUCAGUAGCUCUCAGGAACUAUUGGACAUGGAGCAGGAUGAGUAUACGGCUCUGCGACCCUAUCCCUGCGACUUUUGCAGCCGUCGCUUUCGGAAGAAGGCCAGCUUGAACAACCAUAUGCUGGCCCACCAAAACGACCGACCUCAUCUCUGCAAGCUGUGCGGGGCACGCUUCUCACGCCGGGCGGAGCUCAUUAGCCACUUUAAGGCCCACGCUGAAGCUCAAGAUGCUGCAGAUGCCGAGGCAGCAGCCGCCGCCGCUGCCGUUUCGGGCUCUUCUUCCAUAAAGUUCGAGAAUCAAAGCCACAGGCAGACGGAUGAUCACUACUACGAACAGGAGUGGCCGCUGUAUCAGCAGCAACAUCAGCAGCAGGAGCAGGAACAGCAACAGGAACUAGGGCAGCAUGAGCAGAUGCUGCAACAGGAACAACAGCAACUUGUCUGCAACAGCGAGGUCCAGUUUGUGGCCAGCUACACAGCAUCGGUGGCUCCUCCUCCUGCUCCGUCGCGUGGAAGAAUAAGCAGGCUGAAGCCCAAGGAGGAGAGCAGCCAGUUCAUCGUAAUUACCGAUAAGCCGGCACCCAGUGAGUUACGGGACUACAUGGCCAGUGAGCCGGUGCCUCAGCCAGUGGUGCCCACAUCUCAGCCCAUGGCCAUUGAUGCGCCGCCUGCACCGCAGCCAAACUUCCCGGUGCUGGACGACAGCAAGCCCUUUGUGUGUCAACAGUGCGGAUUGGCUUUUGCGCGGGAAAAGGCGCUGGUCUCUCACACAAAGAACCAUCGCGUGGACUCGCCCUUCGAGUGUAACCAGUGUCAGGAGAUGUUCUGGGACAACAGCAGCCUGCAGGACCACCAAAAGACGCAUCAGUUUGAGGAGAGCAACUCCGAGUAUGAUCCCGCUUCCGGCGAAGAUAGCGCCAGCGAAACGUCGGAGCCGGAAGAUCAGCUCUACGGGGAGUUCUACUGCAACGAGUGCGGCAUCUCCUUCCAUCGCCAGGAUUUACUGCGACGCCAUGCCAAGCAGCAUUUCAAGCAGCAGGAUCAUCAUUCGACGGUGGCGGCAGGCGACGGCAGCUCCUCGGACGUCAUAGCUAGCGGGGAUCAGGCCAAAGAGGGUAAUGACGGCCACUGUUGUCAAACGUGCGGUAAAUCAUUUCCAAGUGCCGCGGAGAUGCUUUCCCACGCCGAAAUCCAUGCGAGGUUUCCUCCCUUCAAGUGCGUUCUUUGCGGCAUAAGUUUCUACGAGGAGCAGGCCAUCAAGCGGCACCUGCACGCCCGCCAUCCCAACGAACUGAAGGCCAACUCCUGUGUGCUAUGCGGCAAGGAGUGUCGCGACCGCAAGGCCCUGAUAAAACAUGCCUGGGAUCACUCCCGCGAGAAGUGCCACUCCUGCUCCAAGUGCGGCAAGAACUUUCACAAUAAGGCGCGACUGAAGCGGCACAUGGCCUCCCACAGGGACAAGUCCGUGGUGUGCGAGGUCUGCCAAGAGGAGUUCCCCGACGGACGUACGUUAUCUAAUCACCGUCACUCGCAUAGCACCACGUCGCCGGGCAAACUGUUUCCUUGUCACGAAUGCGGCAAGACAUUCGGAUCACGCAGUUCCCAGCAGAUCCACGUCCGCAUCCAUACGGGUGAGCGUCCCUAUGGCUGUCGCUACUGCUGGAAAGCCUUUGCCGAUGGCGGAACGUUGCGCAAGCACGAGCGGAUCCAUACGGGGGAGAAGCCCUACGCCUGUUCCGUGUGUCCGCGUGCCUUCAAUCAGCGGGUGGUGUUGCGCGAGCACAUCCGUUCCCACCACUCUGGACUGGAUGGGGCGAGAAAUACCUACCACUGCACAGUGUGCUCGGAGGAUCUGGCAUCCUCCAAUGACCUCAUACAGCACCUCAUCCAGCACAGUGAUUCGAACACCGCCAAACAGCGUCAACCAGUGACGGGCCCGCGAAAGUAUAAGCGUCGACGCAAGCUGCAGCCACACGAGAUCGCACACAUGCGGGCGGAACACAAGGAUGCCAAUGGCGGCGGCGACGAGGAGGAGAUUUUGGGUGCCGAAGGCAAUGGCGAUGGUGAUGAGUAUGCCAGCGAUAUCGACCUUUGCGACUUUGAUGUGGAGAAUGUGGACGAUCUUUUUGAAAUGGCCGAGUCGUCGCCCAAAAAAGAGAAGCGCAAGAGGGCAUCGGCGACAUCUGUAAAGACAGAACAAAAACCUAUUUCCAAUGGCGGCGGAUCAGCGGUGAAGCCUGUCCAGGAGAAGAACAAGGCCAAGCUGCGAUAUGACUCCACCAGCAGUCAGCAAUCGGAUCGAAUUUGGGAGGAGAAGUUCCUGCAGGACAGCCAGGUUUCGCUCUUUCAAAUCGAUUCGCUGGUGGUGGUCAACGAUACACAUCUGCAGCCCGCUAGCUCAGCGGCCAUGCCCAAGACGAGAGGUGGCGCCAAGCAGCAGCAGCAGCAGGCCAAGCAGCCCGUUGAAAGAGCUAGCAACUCCAAUCCCUCGGCUGCAAGCUCAGUUGGCACAUCAUCGGCCUCCGCCUCUGCCUCUACAUCCACUUCCAGCAGUCGUAGCAGGAAGAAGACGGCAGCCGCUAAAACGGCUGCUGCCUCGCGACCCCGGAUGAUUCACACAGAGAAGACCAAGGUGCCGGCCAAGGAAACUGCCGGCGGGGAGUUGGCCAAGAAGACUCGCUCCAAGACCUACAUCACCCGCACGGAGACGAGCAAUCUGGGCAGUCUGGACAAGUCGCGCAGCCGAGCCUCCAACAUCGUGGAUGACUACGAAAUCAUUUCACCGGCUACCCAUCCUCCCAACCAGAUCAGCUCCAGUCCCCUGCACAUCAAGCAGGAACAGGAGCAGCAGCACCGUGUCCCGAUGAUGUACGACGACAAUCUCCUGAUAGACGCUGCCCUGCUGCGGGAAAAAACCUACGAGAAGUUCAACCCGAGCAUUGUGAAUGAUCUGGAGGAGAUCCUGCGCUCGCCGCUUAAGCACGAGCGCAACACCCGCCUGCGAUUCACCAGCGAAUCCUCGACCACGCCACAGUUUUUGCCCGAAGAAGAGCAGAAUCUGAUUAAGAUCGAGCCCACGUCUCCAGAUUUGCGGGAGAUGCUGGAGAGUCAGAGUCAAAGGGUCAGGGUACCAAGUGGCAACACACCGUCGACCUCGUCUUCCUCCGCCGCCAGAACUUCUCGUCAUCGUAUGAUCACAGCCAGUGGACCAAGAGCAGGGAACAAGAGAGGAGCAGGCAGUGGUAGCAGCGCUAGCAAAUCUUCACCUGCCCCGGGAGUAAUGGCCAAGAAAGUGAGCACUGCUGCCAGUAAGGUCGGCGGCUCGUCCUCGUACCUUAAUUACGGUGUGGAUGCCUACAAUGUAAGUGUACCUGCCAGCGCCAGCACUGCCGAUGUGGGCAGCGGAUUCUUUUCCAUCUCUGAGGUCGUAUCGGCCGCCGAUGCUGCUGAUGCGGCGGCCAAGGCGGCUGCGGCCGGGAAACCGGAGCGAAAAACGCGCAGUUUCGAGUGCGAAAUGUGCUCGGCCAUCUUUUACGAUCGAGCCCAGUUACUGGACCAUGUGCACAUCCACAUCUAGAUGGGUGUGCCUGACGCUGCCUAAACCACUCGCCCCCGAAGGAACCGAUGGCGUUUUCGGGUUUCAUACAUAUUUCCCCAAGGGAAGCACAGCAAGCCUUGUAUUUUUGAAACCUCUUAUCCUAAAAAAAACAUACAAAUAACAAUUUCGAUAGGAAAUUGGACGGAUGUUACCUCAGCCUCAUGGUAUCGUCGUGCAUCGAACAGCAGAUAGAUCGUUGAUUUAUGCGUUAUUUAAAAUUGAAAAAACAUAAAAACUAUUUAAGAAAGAGAGCCUAGUUCGUAAGACUUUUAAGUUUGUACCUCAGAGCUUUUGUUUUGAAGAAUCGAUUGGUAUGCUGGAAAUAAAUACAUCAUUAAAUGGUUA